AAACAUAAUUUUUUCAAGCGAAAUUUCUGUCAUAUUCAACCGAUUUUAACGCUUUAAAAAGCAAUAGGAGAAACCGAAAAUCAUUAUUUAGGAACCUGACUGUCUGUAGAAGUUAACUCCUAAUCUUCUACUAUGAGGCUGUAUUGCCUUAGCGGAAAUCCCAACAAGCCAUGCUUUGUGCUGACAUUCAAGGGGACCACUAUAAUGAUGGAUUGCGGCCUGGACAUGUCACCUCUACAGUUCUUCCUCCCAAAUGGACCAGUUAAAAGCCAGAGGAUGGCAAACUUGCCCACCUGGAAACCACCCGGACAUUCAGUGGAUAAAAUGGAAAAUAUUUUCAGGGAAUGUGGAGGUCGUAUUUUCAUAGAUGGUCCGCCAGAGUUCUGUGUGCCAGAGACUGGCCUCCUGGACAUGUCGGAUAUCGACGCCAUCUUGAUAUCCAACUCCCACAACAUGUUGGCUCUGCCGUUCAUCACCGAGUACACCGGCUUUAAGGGUAAGGUGUACGCCACUGAACCUACGCUACAAGUGGGCAGACAAUUCAUGGAGGAACUGGUGCAGUUCGUGGAAAAAAUCCCGAAGAAAGAAUCGACAUCUGUCUUUAAACAGGAAAGUAUUCUCAAAGUGCUACCUGCCCCGUUGAAGGAUGCUGCGAAUGUGUCGUCAUGGAAACAGCUUUAUGACAUGCAUGAUGUCAAUCACUGCUUAUCUCGAGUCAAGAUGGUCGGCUUUAAUGAAAAAGUUGACAUCUUUGGUGCCCUUACAGUGACCCCCUUCAGUUCCGGGUACUCCCUUGGUAGUAGUAACUGGAUCAUUCAAUCAGACUAUGAGAAGGUUGCAUAUUUGUCAUCAUCGUCUACACUAACUACACAUCCAAAGCCAAUUGAACAAGCACCACUGCGAAACACCGAUGUUCUCAUUCUCAGCAACCUCAUCCAAGUACCAACGCACAAUCCCGAUGCCAUGAUACGCGACUUUUGUAUAAAUGCUACCCUCACUCUCAGAAAUGGCGGUAACGUACUGGUGCCUUGUUUUCCCACCGGUGUGACCUUUGACCUUUUCGAAUGUCUUUCUGCCCACAUGGACACCUGCAGCCUAUCACAUGUUCCCAUGUAUUUCAUCUCACCCGUCGUCGACAGCAGCUUGGCGUAUUCUAAUAUCUUUGCGGAAUGGUUGUCCGCGUCAAAACAGUCCAAAGUUUAUCUUCCAGAGCCGCCAUUUCCACAUGCCGAACUUUUAAAGAUAUUACGUCUCAGGCCUUUUUCGAGUUUAAACGAUGGUAUGAGUGAUGACUUCCGUACGCCAUGUGUCAUCUUCACCGGCCAUCCCUCCCUCAGGUUUGGAGAGGCGGUCCACUUUCUAGAGCUGUGGGGCAAGUCAAGCCAGAACAUGGUCAUCUUCACUGAGCCCGACUUUCCGUACUUGGAUGCAUUGGCACCUUAUCAACCCCUUGCUAUGACAGUGUCUUACUGCCCGAUAGACACGAGCCUCAACUUCAGCCAAGCGAACAAACUCAUACGCGACUUGAAACCACUCUCCCUGGUGACGGCAGAUGUAUUCAUUAACCCUCCGCCAUCCAUCCCUAACAGGCCUGACUUGAUCGUAGAGGCUGAUCCCUCUCCGAUUACCUACCAGCGCUGCAGCGUUCUGUCUUUGCCGUUACGACGCGGCUAUGAAAAACUCGAGAUUGAGCCAAAGCUUGCUGGGUCUCUCGUUCCGGUGGAAGUCCAACCAGGUGUGGCCGUUGCAUCUGUCACUGGAAACUUAGAAGUCAAAGAUGGAAAAUAUGUUCUCAAGACUCCCAGUGAUGAAAAACCCAGUAAAAAGCGCAAGACAACGGAGAAAGUGAAGAAAUAUAUCUGGGGUAAUGUGGAGAUCCAACAGUUUAGACAGGCUUUGAACCAGCAGGGUAUCAUGGAGGUGAAAGUAGAUGACGUAACACAAGGCAGCUAUAUUGUACAUUUGCCAAACGAGGACAGUCUGAUCCGGAUUGAGGAUGGUGCUACGCAUAUCAUUUGUGAUGGCGAAGACAGUGCUAGGAUUAAAAUAAGAGACGCUUUGCUCCAGUGUUUGAAUACAUUAUGAUAAUUAGGACGUUGUGCUCCUGGUGACAUGGUGCAAAGUCGAUGGGUCCAAGUGGAAUAUUUGCUUGUCUGGUGUUCUUGGAGUUAUCUGUAUCUGGGGGUGGGGCAUGGAAUAAUUCUAGGAAGAAAACGGGGACAUCCUGUAGUUCAUUGUGGUCUGUUAGGUCAAAGUGGUGGCCUGUGAUCUCAAGUGUGUUGACGCUUGGUGAUGUUGCCGAAGUGCUUCUUGAAACAACCAAUAAAGGUUUGUUUUCUAUUGCCGACAUUCUGUAUGUGACCUUGAUUACAUUGGAUGCAAUAAAUGACGUUAUUACUU